AUGCUCACGGGCGAGCACUUGAAUGAAACCAAAAUUGACCUCGGUGAGGAGCAAGGGCAGCCAGAUCAAAAUGUCCCAGCAGCGAAAGGACAGGUUUCAGCGGUGGAGGACCGGGAUCCCAGGGACAUCAAUGCCCACUUGAAGGUGAACUUCGAAGAUGUGAUUGCAGAACCUGACUCGGUGCACAGUUUUGACAAAAUUUGGAUUUGGAGCGACGCCUUAUUCGAAGUGUCCAAAUUAUGGUGCUAUAGAAUCAUUUCUGCUAUCUUUGCUGUGCCCGUGUCUUUGAUCUCUGGAAUUAUCUUUGCCAUUUUAAGUUGUCUGCACAUCUGGUGUGUCAUGCCCUGUAUCAAGAACUGCUUGAUGAACAUGCCUUGCAUCCAGGUCAUCUGGGGAACGGUUGUGGACGUGGUCAUUUCUCCUUGCUGUGAAAGUAUGGGGAAAUGUUUCAGCGGCAUCAACCUUCACAUUGCAAGAGAUUAAAACUGCUUACAACCGCAAGCGGUCGAUCCAAUUGACCUGACAGACUGGAUUUUACGUCAUUAUUCUGACUG